CAUUCAGGAGAUGUAUAAACGGUGCAUUAACUAAUCAUUCAGUGACAAAAUGGCGAAAUUGAGAACAGACAUCGGAUUUUAUGAUUACCAAUACCAAGAUUUAUAUCAGCCUAAAGAGAUUGGGCACUUCUCAUUAGGUAGUGAGAUUCAAUUUAAUAAAAGUCAGGUGAAAUAUUUCAUCCCACCUUCAGAUUACAAUGAUGUUGAAUAUGAUUUGACAAAAGGAUACGAAGAAAUGACGGAAUGGAAGGGAAGAAAGAUCGAUGACCUUCUGCAAUGGAUACGUAAUGAUGGGGACUCUUGUAUCAAUGGGCCAGUGGAACAUGAUCAAACAGAUCCUAACAUUCAAAGGGCUUCCAGAACCGUCUUCGUAUGCAGAAGGGGUUUGUUGAAAUUGCUACUGUGUACCAUGUACGCGAGAAAUGACUGGAAGUUCGCCGUGACUCUUUACGGAGGCACAUACUACCUGAAUAAAUGCAAAACCGACAAGGACAAAAAAAACCAAAGAAAACAUGACGGAAGAUGAUAAAAAGAUGUCUGCAUGGGGCUCCAAGUUUGCGCAGUAUCUCACCGCAAGUUCCAGAGGAUCUGUUCCAAAUCCAGACCUGCCAUUUAACCCCUGUGAAGGCUUCUAUAGUGUUACGGAAUCCAAGGUUGGCGCAUACACACUAGUAUUCAGUAGCAAGGUCGAUGCUGUUAGUCAAGAGAGUCCAGAUGGUACAGAUGGGCCUAGUGUGGAACGUUAUGUUGAGUUCAAAACCACCACACAUGCAUCAUUGGAGAAGCGCAAUUUUAAAAGGUUUAAACUCCUGAAAUGGUGGGCACAGAGUGUUCUUAUUGGUGUUUCUGAGAUCGUUUGUGGGCUACGUGAUGAUAAUGGUAUUGUUUCAGUGCUAAGAACAUUCCCCACCGAAAAUAUACCAAUCAUAGCCGCCAACCCUCCCCCAGAUCCCUGGAUGACCAAUGUUUGUUGGAACUUCCUGGACCAUCUUCUUGGAUUCAUCAAAUCUAAUGUGACGGAAGAUGAUAAAGGGGUCGUUCACGUCCAGGAAUUUUCAGACGGUCGUGUGACAUGUAAACGUCAAACGGAAGACGAAUACAAAUUCCUACCGAGCUGGUAUACUGACAACGAGCCUCGAUAAUAUUGACGUUUUCAUCUGAACCAGAUCAAACCGAUUGGCUGCAAAGUGAUUGUGUUUUAUCAAGACAGCUGAGCAAUUGCGAUUUCUUACACUAUGUUAUAAACUGCAACAAACUGUUUAAACUGUUUCUUGUUACACCGUUCCUGUAUGUUCAUACCACACGUCUCUUGUUAAACCGGAAAUCAUUAACUAGCAUUUAUUUCUAAAUAUUUGAUAACUCCUCCUUUGAUCCUCUUUGGUAUGCUCCCUUUUAAAGAAGCAAUCAAUUCAUGGUCCAAAGUAACCUAGAAUUUCAUAACCUACUGCUCCAUGGCAUCAGUGCUUGGCAUGUUUAUUCCUGCUUACAUUAAUUCAAUUCCUAAAAGAUUUCUAUAGGACUGUAGCGUGGUCACAACGUAUAUGUCAGCCUAUCUUCCGUUAACCACGAUUGUAAAUACAUGCCAGGUUCAACAGAAAACCACUCACUGGUCAAAGAACACAGUACUAAAGCUCCCAGUACCAAAUCCUAAAACACACAUGAAGGUCAAGGCUGCUUUUUAGACGCCGGUAUAGAGGGGUAGUCUCAUCCUUGGUCCAAAUAUCAAGUCUUUGGAAUUCAUUCAGCUAUUUAGAGCUGCUGUCAGAGAAUACCACAGUGUUCCAAUCAUUGUAUCAGUCAAAUAUCCUCUGUAUCUGUUCUGGUUUCAUAAUGGGUGAUGGCGUUGUUGCUUUCUUCUCGUUGGAAACAAACACAGCCUCUCGUGAAUCAUUUAUGCUCUUAUAAUGCGUAUACUUUAUCUGUUUUGAACGCUUAAAUAAACCGCAGCUGUCAUUACUUUCAAAGCCUUAACUACAUCUUACUUACAGGAUAGGUGAAUGCCAGUAGUAUAAGAACUUGAACGUGGUUUAAAUUAUUCCAUCGUUUAUUUUUCAGUUCAUAAAAAUACAACUUUUUUUUCUCAGUUGCACUUAUUUUGAUCCUAGCGCCAAGUAUUGUCCGCUCUAGUGAAACAAAGAUGGAGAUCACUCUUAAAGAAUAUUGAAGAGUUACCUUCCCUGCCAUUAACUGAUAUUCGAUUUGGCUGGAAUGCUUUAUUGAUUUGAUGACUUGAACGGACAUACUGUAAACUGCCAUAAGGGUCGUAAGAUCUAAACUUCACAUACAAUUACAUAUUCAAGAAGAAUGUCUGCUUCGUAAAGUGGUAUAUAUUCUAGGAAAUUUAAUCGGCUAAACUUCUGGACCUGUUUUCAAUAUGUAAAACACGCCAUAAUUGUGUUAUUUGUGUUUGAAUUUGUAACAGCUUGUGUUUUUUCGUGUGUGGUUUUUUGUUUUCAUUUUUUUGUCAGCUUUUGUGAUGGGUUAUAUUUAUGCAGGUAGAUUUGCUUUGAAUAAUAAACCACACCACCUAGCUAGAUCCAAAUAUUUAAUUGGUACAUAGGUUAAAAUGACUUUGUAAGAAAUGCAAUUUUACUAUUAAUAUGGCUUUGUAUUUUAUAUGCCCUUGCUUAAAACACCGUUUGUAUAUUUUUUGGAGUUCGUAUAUAAAUAUAUAUAAAAGUUUUAAGAGAA